GCAGGGCAAAGCAGGAAAGCCGCACAGCGCACGCAGCGCAAUCGCUGCACGCCGUCGCAGCGACACGCACAGCUCACUCUCCGCGAGCAGCCGACGGUCGGCACGCAUCGAUGCGGGCUGCCCCGCCCGCGACGAUGGCAGCCAUAGUGGCCCUUCUAGCCACGGCCGCCGCGACGACGGAGGCGACGCACCCCCAUCUACGGGACAUGAUCCGGCGCGUCUUCCCCGAGACCGAGGAGACACAACGGUCGGAACGGGAGAUGGACGCAUAUUUUGGGGAUGGACUAAGGGCGGGCGUCGUCUUCCUCCUCAAGGACCUGAGGGAUAUAAGUGGACAGCCCUACCGCCAGAACAAGAAGUGGGGCAAGUGCACGUAUCUGGACCAGGCCAUCCGGUCCGCUAGAAGUGUCCUGAACAAGAAUUCUCUGCUCGGGAAGUUCCCGAAAUACCCCCUACUUUUUUAUCAUGCGGACUGGCGCGACGAGGACAAAACUAAAUUAGAGACGGCCGUCGGCUUGAAUAUGAAUGAUGGCAAAUAUAAAAGCUGGUGGCACCCCGUCGUCUUCGGGCCCGAGGCGCUGCCUCCUUACCUCUACAACGUCAACGCGACAGUGAGCGGCUGGCAGCAGUUGCAUGUGGAUGGUGAUUUAAGGAGAGAAACGAGGAACAACAUUCAUGGGUUCGGGUACAUGCUCAUGUGCCGCUUUUACGCUGGUUUGAUUCACCACGCGCCGCUCACGCGGAAGCUGGACUACUAUUUGAGAAUUGACGGCGACUCGCGGCUACAAUCGGUGAAGCAGGACCCCUUCGAGCUCAUGAAGCGGAAAGGUGCCAAGUACGCUACUUUAGGAGGAGGCUACCGCGAGACGGCGGGGAGCGCCGUCGCGCUGCCGCGGUUCUAUGCUCAGACGAACCCCGACGUUAAGACGGACCUGUGGACGUCGGCGGGCUGCUCGGCGAACGCCGUGGCCUGCCCCGCGACGCAGCCUAGAGCUCACAAGGCGACGGCGCCCUGCGCGCUGCGGUGUGUCUUUGACGUUCCAGCAGAGCCCGACGGCGUCAAACUGCCCGUGCCCCUCUGCAAGAGCAGCGGCGCGGGCCCGCCGCGGUGCCCGUCGUUCUACAACAACUUUGAAGUUGUGGACCUCCAAGCGUUCCGCACGGCGGAGCAGUGGGCCUUCUUCCUGCUCGCGGAGCGGUCGCACGCCUUCCUCUGCGAGGCCUUCCCGGGGCGGACGAAACCUGGGAGGUGCGGCGGCGGCGGCAUGGGCGACGCGAUCUUCCGCACGCUGCAGGUGAACACCUUUUUGACACCGGCCGAGGUCUUGGGGUUGCGCGCCACCGUUUCGUAUCAUCACCCGGCGCCCAUCGCCAAGUUCUGCGGGCCUAGAGGAGUGACGGACGGCGGGCCGCCCGUGCAGAGCAUCAGCUAAGUUUCUCUUAACAGACACAUUUUUACACACAUCGCGUCGUCGAUGGCGUUGGGGUGGCGCCCCCGAACGCCAUCGACGCACCGUCCGGGGGGA